AUGGGGAGACGUUCGGCCGUAUUAUUAAUGUUAACAAUAUUGUCCAUUGUCGCUUUCUUGUGUCCUGGUACUGACACCAUGGUGGUGACAGCUAUCAAAUCACCGGAAAAAAUCCUGCUGACUCUUGCUCUUUCUAGAAGGGAAAAAGUGCUGGUUAAAACGAAAUUUGUAACAUUUGACCUGUUCAGCCUAAAAAUGGUCAAAUUUUGGCCAAACCUUCAGUGUAUCUCUACUGUGUGUGUGUUUGUGUGUGAAGCAUCGGCGACAACGACAAUUGAACGAGAAAAAAGUCUGUUGAGUCUGUCCCCACUGCACCAACGAACCAUCCACAAUGGGGCGGUCAUCUUCACUUGCUCCUAUAACACCGACCCUCGCCACCGUGAAGAUGACCAGUCAACCAAUCAAGAAACGAUCAAGUUCAGUUGGUACUUGAACGGCGUGGAACUGAGAGGGAAUUCCAGUCAUCACGUGAUGAUGAGGAAGGUGAGUGACCGCGGGAUGCUAUCCUACCUGAGAGUUGAUCCGGUGAGGAGCAGGAAGAAGGAGGAUGUGUACAGCUGCGGAGUUCCUGUUGACAGAAAACUAGGAGGUCCGAUAAAGCGGUCCAACAAUGCCACUCUGACUGCUUACAGAUAUUGGUCACAAGUUCCUCCAGACUUCCCGCGUUUAAACAACAACAGCAUCGAAAACAACAACAUCGUCGUCGUUCUCAGUAACACCGGCCAAGAUAACGUUAAGAAAAACUCAAUCAUUAACAACUAUAGCAACAAUAAUAUCAUGAACAACAAUAACAUCAUCUACACACACAUCGACAACCACAAAAACGUCAACCACAGCCACAAAAACGUCAGCCACAGCCACAAAAAUAUCAACCACAGCCACAAAAACACCCACAAAUUAAUAAAAAUUGAGGUAAAAAAUGGGCAGACAAUAAUAAUAUCAUGUCCUCUUCAUUGCGAUCUCAACGAUCAAGUCCAUGUUAACUGGUACAAAAAUUUCAUACCAUUGCACACCAACAACCACAAAACGAUGAACAACGACAAUAACAACAUCCACAACAACAACUACUACUACAACAUCCACAACAAAUUCAACAUAACCGGGACCAGCAACCUCAAAACUGCCAAUCAUGGAGAGUUGCAAUUGGUUAACAUAUCUCAAACUGAUGAUGGUUACUAUGAAUGUUCCAUGGAAAGCAAGCAUGGAAUUGUUUUUUCUCCAAAAAUUCUCAUUCAUGUUUCAGAUGAUGCACAAGAUGAGGGUUAUAUGAGUGAUGAUUCAAAAAACUUGAUGUCAACUCAAGAGAGUUAUCUCAUCAAAGCUCUCAAAAAGUUCAGGAACUAUUCAAUAUCAGUGGUUCCAUAUACCACAAAUGGUUCUGGUCCUAGCUCUAAUGCCUUGUUUGUUCAGACCUGGGAAGAUGUUCCAGGUAUGCCACAAAACUUGCAAGUACAAGCUCUGAACAGCACGUGCAUACAUGUACAAUGGCAGCCCCCCACCAGCGCCGAUCUCAAUGGAGUGAUUCGUGGCUAUCAGGUUUACUGCAUGCAAGUAUCUGCCACUAAUCACAAGUCUGCCCCAGUUGUCCUUGACAUUACCAAUGGAUCAGCCACAGAAGUCACAGUUGUUGAUCUCAUGCCUGGAACAACUUAUCAGGUUCAGGUGGCAGCAUACAACAGGAUGGGAGAUGGGGAAAAAAGUGAUGGAAAGAAUAUCACUACUGCUCAUCAAGCCAUGGAUGCCCCACGCAACCUCACAUUAACCUUGACAUUGGGAGAAAGACCUUCCAUUCUGGCAACGUGGAAACCACCCCAGACUGUUGUUCCCGUAAAUCAGUACAAGGUGCAGUAUGGAAUUAAGGGGCAACCACACACAAUGAAUCAGGAAUUCGUAGAAGGCAACAGGUUGAAGUUCCAAACGAGAUAUCUGGAAAAAGGUGUAGAGUAUGAACUGUCGGUGUCAGCGAAGAGCCUAGAUGAGGAGUGGGGUGAGGAGGCGGUGGGUUGUGUCGUCACACCAGAAGGAGCUCCCAUGGGUGCCCCUCUUAAUGUAUCUUCUACGGAUAUCACAUCGCAGAGUUUCAAGUUGACAUGGGCACCUCCGAUGAUCAGCCACCAAAAUGGAAGGAUCGUCAUGUAUGAAAUACGCGAGUUGUCGGACCAGACGAUGGACGAUUGGAUGACCAACACGACGGAGAACUUCUUCUUGAUCAGCAACCUGGAGAGUAGGGCUAGAUACACAUACCAAGUGCGGGCGUACACGGCUGUUGGUUCUGGUCCGUGGAGUUCUUCCACUGAUGUGCACACUCUGCCUGAAAAAUGGAUUUUGAGAUCCGCUCUGAACAUCGCAAGCGAUGGAGAAGUAGUCAAAGAAGGAGGUAGAGACUUCCAGAGAAGAGAGCCACAAAAAGCAAACGCAGAUUUAGCAAGAGUGUUUAACACGAGUUAA